GCAUGCGUGAGCGAGAAAGUGCGUUUUAGGGUGAUUACUGGGGGCGAGCGAGCGAAAGAGAUUAUGUGGGCUGUACACAACUGUUGUUUUAAUCCGCAGAGCGAAGAGAUUUAGCAAAAAAAACACGGGUUUCUCCCCUAGCAGCCAUAUUGUAUGGACAUUUGGUGGAAAAAGCAGUAGGAAAAAAACACUUUCAAGAAGAACCUUGCCAAGACUUUGAGAUAGUUGAUUUUCAACUCACUGGCGGUGGGAUUCCGUUCAAUAGCCAGCAGUCCAGCUGGUUGACGAAUUUCACAGAUUGGGGAUCGUAUUUAAAAAAAAUAAUUAUAGAUUACUAUAUUUAUUUUUAGCUUGUUUUAUUAACAGUCGGCAAGAUGAAGGACCGAUUGGAACAACUCAAAGCUACAUGCGACAAUGACGAUGAGGAAGUGGAAAUUGCUAUUGACAAUGCAGCUUUUAUGGAUGAGUUCUUCUCUCAGAUUGAGGACAUCAGGAACAGUAUUGAUAAGAUUGAUGAGAAUGUCUCUGAAGUCAAGAAGCUCUACUCAGUCAUACUGUCUGCCCCCACAUCAGACCAGAAAACGCAGGAUGACUUGGAGGCUGUCACCAACGACAUCAAGAAGAUGGCUAACAAUGCCCGCAACAAACUCAAAACCAUCGAGAGGAAUCUGGAGUCUGAGGAAGAGGAGAGGAUUUCAGCCGACAUGCGGAUACGCAAAUCACAGCAUGCAGUGCUGUCCAGGAAGUUUGUAGACGUGAUGACCAAGUACAACGAGGCCCAGCUGGACUUCAGGGAGAGGAGUAAAGGACGCAUCCAGAGACAGCUAGAGAUCACUGGCAAAGCUACGACAGACGAGGAGCUUGAAGAGAUGUUAGAGGGUGGAAACUCGGCCGUUUUCACUUCAGGGAUCAUGGACUCCGGGAUCUCGAAGCAGGCUCUCAGUGAGAUCGAGGCGCGACACAAAGACAUUGUGCGUCUGGAGAGCAGCAUCAAAGAGCUACAUGACAUGUUCGUGGACAUCGCCAUGCUAGUGGAGAGCCAGGGUGACAUUGUAAACAAUAUAGAAGCUCAAGUGUGUAAAGCGCAGGACCACAUAGCAGUGGCUAAGACUGAGACCAAAAAAGCCAUCAGGUACCAGAGCAAAGCACGCAAGAAAAUGGUGAUAAUAGUAGCAGUUCUGAUUAUCGUGCUGGCCAUAGUGGCUCUGAUUAUUGGGUUGUCGGUGGGAUUGAAGGAGAAAUGAGACGUGUGCGAUUUAAGAGUUGUGUAAAGGGUGAGUAAAGUUGGAGGAACUCUGAACUCUGGAGUGUUACAGUGGGUGUAGUGGGAUCUGGAACUUUGGCCACGUUUUACAUUUUCCUUGCCCUCGGCUGUGUGUGUGUGUGUUAAGGUGGUAAAAUGUGUAUGUGUUCAUGCUCCUUGGUCUGUUUAUGGGGUGCGUUUGGACUAUCUCUGGGUACUGCAUGUCUUAUCAGGAGUUCCUGCUAAGCAUACCACAAGUGCACUUGUUGCCUAUGGUAAGGGCUGGGUCCAUAGAAAUUGCAUUAUUUAGCUCUAUGGCCUGGUCACUGAUUGGCACUGUCUUGAUGGUGUCUUUGGGCUGUGUGGGAUUGUAUAUGUGGGUUUCAGUUUCUCAUUGGGGUCUUAAGGCUGUGUAGUGUGUCCUGUUUGACUAUAAAUGUGAUGAUGAUUCACUGUGUUAUGAUGGGCGGGAUCUUCAUUUGCUGUCAAUCCCUGACUCGUAUCGGACAAUAAAAGCUCAUUAAGAGCCUCCAUUGGUCAGAAUGACCUGAUGAUGGCUGACAUUGCAUGAUAUUCCCGCCCAUCACGUUAAGAGCUUCAUUUCCCUCGGUACCUCUGUCUAACACCAUCUCAUUUGUUACCGUAAAUACUGAUGUAUUUGUUCUCCCCUUUCUCCCCCCUCUGUAGAAGACAAUCAUUAUAGCAGUGGUCUGUGCUGUGCUCACUGUCCUCAUCCUCGCCAUCAUCCUAUCACAGACAGUAGGGUAAUAAGAGGGACCACGCCCCUAACCUCGCCCUCUUCAUUCAUCUUCAUCACUCAAUCUUGCCCUCCUCCAGCUGUGAAGCCAAAGAGGGGGAUGAAGACUCAACCUAUCCCUCCCCUUGCCCUUGGACACUCCCCCUCUCUUACUGUAACUAUAGAAAAAGGCCCAGCCAGUGGGACUUCCUAGUUGGAGUAGUCUGGUGUCCCCCUUGGGGUGGCUGACAGGAUGAGCACCAGGUGGGAGAGAAACAAGGGGACCAAAGCUGAGACUGGUUAUUAGCCCCUGAUAAAGCUAAACAAAAAAAGGGAAUCUGAAGAAGUGGAAAUCUUCACCUUCACACACAACUAAAUGGACACCAUGCAACAUUUCAUUGAAAUUCUCUGAACUGCUUUCUAUUUUUCAAAUAAUGUCAAUAAUUUAAUUGAUCUUGAUCCACACUUAAGGGAACCUGAUGCUCCUUUCCCCAUUACAAAAACCUCCAUCCACUUAAUGUACCCCCGCCACCACCCUUGCCUUGUUGUCUUGCCAUUAUGAACCUCCAAGCUGAAAAGUAGCCUCCUCCAGCCCACAGAGGAAUGGUGCAUUGUUUAACUCCCCUAUGAUUCUUGUAUUGAGGGACACGUGUGGAUUUCACUUCAGUCUAUGUGAAAGCAAUGACUCUGUGCAUGUUUGACGCCACUUGAAAAAUAUAUUUUUUUAAAUCCUAAAGCACACCUUACCUCUGAGCGUUUGGGAGAUAUCUUCGUCUAACAUCUGAUUUGCUUCUUAUGCCUUCCUUUACAAUCUGUCCAAUCAAAUUAAUUUCAUGCACCCCACACCUCAGAUGUGGUAGCCAAUGAUGAGGCUCUAAAUGGGACAUUGAGGGUCUGGAAAUGUCAAGCUGAACAUUUUAAGAUCGUUUUUUUAAAUGAAUUUUUAAAUGUAAUCUUCACUGUAGUAUUAUGAUGGAUUCCAGAGAUUUUAAUGAAGGAAUAAAAUAUUUAGUUUUUUAA